GCUACAACAGAAAUACCUAGUCAAACAAUUUGCAGGUGCAUUACUCCACCAUCAUCAUGGCGCAACGACAUAAGGAAAUGAUGCUCCUUUCGCGGCAAAUAAAAUCUAAAUUCCCGCAUCGCGCCUUCCGCGAAAUCACCUUCGACCGGGAGGUCAUCCGCGAGAGCAUCAAUCCACUGACAUACGAAGCGGCUCGCCGCGUGAAGGGUCCGAUCUACGAGGCUCUCGAGGAUGAGCUGCGCUGCGCAGGUUGCCGUAUGCUGCCGGAGUUCUUGCGCUGCCUGGCCACGAAGGAGCAGAGCCUCUUCGACAGCCUUAACAUCCGGGAGCGAAUCACCGACGACCGCCCGCUGCUCUACGCAUUGAUUGAAAAUCUGAAGCAGGCCGAGCUGGCAGUGCUCCAGCGCAAGCUGAAGGGCCUCAAGGAGUGCUUCUCACUGUUCUACCAGACGAUGGUGUUGCUGGAGCCCUACCGCCAGAAGUACAGCUACGCCCUGACCGCGGUGCUGGAGCACAUUGUGGGGCUGUGCCACAACAUCGACGGCCAGGAGCGGGACGCCGCCGAAAUGAUCGCCCGCAUUUACCACACCUAUGCCAUGUACCUGGUCCGCCUGGGCCAGCGCACCUCAGCGAUCAGCUACUUCCAGAUCGCCAUGAAUCUUGUGCGGGGCCACGUGUGGACCGCCCAGGUGGACAUGCGCGCCGGCAGUCAGACGCUCCACGAGCUGGUGGCACAGGACCUGGCGCGCCAGCUCCUCAUCCACGGCAAGCAGAUUGUUCGCCAGCAGCCGCAGGAGGCCAUAGCCAUAGCCCGCAAGGCCACAGUCCUCAUUGCGGAAAUUGGCAGGGAAAAGAACCUGGACAUCUUCUGCGACACCUUCCUGGAGCGGGCCUUCUUUCUGAUGGAGAGCGGCAACUACAACGCCGCCCAGCAGUGCCUGGAGCAGAUCAGACCCCAGAUCAUAGCCUGCACAGACUACAAGUUCGUCAAGCUGAACAUCAAGUACUACCUCUUCCACGGACAGUGCGCCGAGAUAUUCGAGAACCCGGACAAGGCCAUAUCCAGCUACAAGAAAGCUCUCCGUCUAUCCCGCCUGUACUCACACAAGGACACUGAGGCUGAGAUCCUGCUCUACCUGGGCAAAAUAUUCGCCAAGGACACGCAGAAGACGAGCAUUGCCAAAAAGUGCUACGAGCAGGCCAGGCGCAUCUACGUCGACUUCAACGACGUCCACAGCCUGAAGAUGGCAAACUACCUUCUGGCCAAGCUGAUGGCCGACGAGAUCACUCCCCUGUACAUGGCCAUGCUCAAGUCCUCCACCUCGCAGUACUGCGCCUUCUUCAACCUGCGCCAAUGGAAGAACCGCUGCCGUCCUUUCUGGAAGAAGCUCGGGGGCGAGAUCAUCAAGCAGGAGACCGACGACAUCUACUGCCUGCUCGACGAGGAAAAGGAGGAUCCCGCCAGCGACAGCUCCUACACCGGCCUGGACCGCAAGGUCUUCAAGGUGGAAGAGGGCGAUGUGUGAGCUCCCCUACUCUCUUCGACUUCUCUGACAUGACAUGAAAAUUCUAUUUGUUAUUGGUUUUUCCUAAGCGUAAUGAUUAAAGGCUUCGGCAAUCAUUCGCGG